UUGACUUCCUCAGCUUGAGAUCUAAACUUAUGUGAAGUAAAUAUGUUGUAUUUUAAGGUAAUUAAAGAUUCAAAAAGCUGUGCAAUCCAAUUUGCAGCUUUACAGUCUGCUGAACAUUGUUCUUCAAGGAUAUAGCUAGGAACUGGGUCAUCCUUGUAAUACAAAAUGUGAAAUCAUUAGAAAGAAUUAGCAUAAUGUUUGUUUGGAAGUACAUAUACAACUGAAAGGACAUAAAAUGAGAGGCAAGGUCCUUGAUGCCUCAACGCUUAGUUUUGGUACUCGAGUAAAAUGGUUUGCCAUAUGUUUUGCAGUUGGCAUUGCCUGUUCUAUUCUUGGGACAGGAUUUCUUUGGCUUCCCUCAGGGCUGAAACUUUUUGCAGUGUUUUACACCAUAGGAAAUAUUUCUGCAUUAGUCAGCACAUGUUUCUUGAUGGGGCCUGUGAAGCAGUUGAAAAAAAUGUUUGAGCCAACAAGAUUAAUUGCUACAAUUGUUAUGCUGUUAUGUUUGAUAUGCACCCUGUGUGCUGUAUUCUGGUGGGGUAAGAAAGGCUUGGCCCUGCUAUUCUGCAUCCUCCAGUUCUUAGCAAUGACCUGGUAUAGUCUCUCAUAUAUUCCUUAUGCAAGGGAUGCUGUGAUUAAAUGCUUCACGUCGUGCCUGAAUUAGACUAAGCAAAACACCAAACUAGUCAACAUAUUUUAAAACCAGCUUAUGUUUUUGUGACUGUGUAUCAAAAAAAUUUUAUGAAUGUCCGCUCCUGAAACACCUGAUGCCAAUUAUAGUAUCUCCCUUGCCUUUUGCACAAUGGGGAUUAAAUUAUUUUAGCAAGAAGAAGUUUUAAAUAUGAGCCAAGUAAGCUGUGUUUUAUUCCUGUCUGAACCUUUUAGAAAGUAGUAUAGGACUAACACUUUAGGCAAUGGAGUCAUAAAACGGUUUGACUCAGUUCUGUUAACACAGUUUAAUCCCCAAGGUAGAUGGUUCAGGAUUUGAGUAAUGUAUGUACAAUUUCUUAUAAAGUUUUGUGUAUCAUUUAUGUUAUUACUAUUGGUUGUUCACUCUAUGCAUUUCCCAAAGAUCAGGAUUUUAUAAUGAUUGUAGAGAAAAUGUUUAGUUAAUUAUAGCUGGUAGGACUGCUUUGAAAUGUUUGUACGUUUGUAACCGUAUGGAGAAAGCUUUAUAUGAGCAUGUGAGGUCUGGUAAAAGCUUACUCAGUUUUGUUAUAAUGCUAACAUUUUAAGCACCAAUUUUUUUACUUUGAAACUUAAAAUAUGAUUAGAAUGACUUAUGAAAAUAAUAUAUACAUUGAUUUACAAAAUACAUGCAUUUUAAAUGUCUACAAUUUUUAAACUUGAGCCACGUGGCAGAAAAUUAAAAGGCUGUUUUUGAAAAUGU